CAGUUAGAGUUUCCAUGGUACUUCAAUGGUAGUUUCUCAUACUCAUAUGAAUAUAUUUACUGCUUCAGUGCAAAACAUAAAGAGUGAUUCCUGUUCUAUUUUUUUUUUCUUUUACAGGAGAAAAAGAGCAUUAAAAACUCUCGGCCCUUGCCUGACGUAGCCAUGACCGGCAAGUGCACCCGGGAAUGCGACGAGUACGGCCACUCGGACUCCUGCUGGAUGCCUGUGCGCACGUCGCCCGAGCGACGGCCAUCCAAGUCCACCACCACCCCCCAACAACCAAAGCUUUCCACUUUCAUGAGCGGCAACGGCAGCGGCGGCAGCAGCAGCAGUGCCGACCAGCCCGGCAGCCAAGAGACCCUCGCCAUGGCCGCCAUGGCCAACGGAGACCCCACCGCCGCGCACAUGAUGGGCGACCGCAAUCGCAACCUGCUCAACAAGAAGAUGGCCUCCUCCUCCUCCUCCUAUGAGGCCUUUGGCUCGCCUUCCUACGGCUCACCAGGAGGCGGGGAGGAGGUGCUGGGCCACCCCACCGAGGAGAUCCCCCUGGCACCUACCGGGGAGUACAAACCCACAACUUGUGGCACCUUAACGCGGCGCGAGGUGUACCUGUGAGCUGGGAGGGUUAGACACACCUGUAUGGCACUAAACUAUACAACACUAAGCGUAGCUGCUUUAACCCACCACCAUUACAGCUCUUGAAGCUUUUAGCCUCCCUUGUUCCGCACAAGGUAGUACCUGAACUUUCUCCAAAGACUUUUACAACAGCUUCUUAUUGAAAAAUGUUUGGAUAGAUAAACAGUACCAUUUCAAGAAAGAAGGGAGCAGGUGGGGGAACUGUUGUGGGCAAUGAUUGGACUUUGGAUAAAGCUGUUCUACCGGUGUGUCGGGCUCUUGGGACACAAUCUGCUGCCUGACAGUCAAUCUGUACAAUAAUAAUCAACUCAUUUUACAUAAUCAGUACAUGCAUGCAUUUCCCCUGUCACCGAUACACCUAGAAGAUGAUACUCUGUAAAAGACACCAUUUUUUUUUUCUGUUUAUGUUUUUUUCUAGAAGCAAAGCUGUACAUGUGGAUUAUUUUGACUAUUUACAAGUGUCUGACUCUACCUAUCUCUAUUUUUAUUUUUCAUUUUUAUUCUGAACAGGCCAGCGCUCUGGCCGUGUCACUCUGUGGCUGCGACAAUAUAUUGGACACAAUGGUCUCUCUACCAUCAGCCGUGUUGACUCUUUGUGAUACAAUUUGCUUGGGAGCUGAAGGAGACUUGGCUACAUUUGAAACUUUCAAUGACUAAGCUUUAAACACUCAACUUUUACGUCGGUCCUCUCUUGAAGUGGAUGGAAUACAUUGGAAUUUGCUGCAACAAACCCUUGGUACAGACUACAUCACCACUGAUACACUCUGAUGAACACAUGACUGACUCUAUCUUAGUAGUGUGAGCACUUCGCAGGUUAAAAAUCACUCAUUGUACAGAAAUCAUUGGACGCUAAACGCUCUCAUCUCCCUUGUGUCUCGCUACCUUUCCUCAGUCUCUUUGUAAUUCGUCUUUGUUCAGUGACACCGUGACCAAAACCUUCUUUAAGAAAUGCAAGAUCUUAGAGCCAUGACCUGACAUCACACUGGCUGUGUGUGUGUGUGUGUGUGUGUGAGAGAGAGAGAAAGUUUAAGUAGUCCUAUUGCCUCAAUGGGAUCCUAGAGUUUAAAUCAGUGCAAUGGGGUUUUCUAUGUUUUUUUUUUCCAAACAUAAAUGAGCAGAUAAAGCUUAUUCAUUUAAAUGAGGCCAGUGGCACUGCUGUAUUGACUGAAAACAUUGGGUAAGCACAGUGUGUGGCAUGCAGAGAUUAAAAUUACGGAGGUGCAAUUGAAAAUGUAUGUGUGUAUUGGCCAGAUAUGCAGAUUACUGUACAGUAUGUGUGUGUACAGGCCAUGUAGAUUUACACAAUAAUAGGCAUAGAAAGUUGGUCCUUAAACAGCUGCAAAAAACAGCUUUUUACUGUAAUGACUUUUUCUUUGUGAUAGACGGAGCAAUAAAUCUAAUGUAUGUGUGACCAACCAGCAUCAACUGCUUUCUCACAUCUUCAAAUAGACGCCAAGCUGACAUUAACCCGACAUUUGGCUGUCGUCGAGUACCUUUUAGCACUAGUCAUUGAUACGUUCUGUAUUACAUGGCAUCUUUGAGCACGAAUGUAAGAAUCCAGCUCAAUGGAGAACAAUCAAAAUGCAACGCCUGAAUGCGCGGGAACCAGGAUGUUUUUAUUUUUUAUCUUUAUUUUCAGGCCUGAGGAAAAAAAAAAAAAAAGAGUUGAAUUGAAAUCACAGCUUAGCCAGCAAGAUAAAACAUUCCCCCAUUUACACAUAGAAUAGCUUUCCGGAAGAACCUUGAUUGAAGUACACACAUUUUUAUUUUGUUUUAAAGGAUGUAUCUUGAAUAAGAAUGUGAUGUACAUCCUCACAGCUCACACAUAAUAACUACUUACACAUGAUGUUGUGCCUCCUCGUCGACCGUAAUUUUUCUUUCUCGCAGCCACAGAGGUAUAAACUCUCACGAUUGUAAUAAAGCAAAAGAAUAUCUGAUGCAAUGGAACCUUUUUUAAACGUUAGUGUAAACCCCUUUGGUUUAAACGGACCUGCUUUUUUUCAGCAUUCCGGCAGCAGUCUAUAGUCUGUAAGUACUACUCGUUGUUCGACAGAAAAGUGCUCCUAUACUUAUCAACUGUAUACAUGAAUAUUUACUUUUUACUGCACGUUUAAUGGGAACUUACUUCACUUACUGCGAAGGAAAAAGAAAAAAAAAGUAAAACGAAAUGUACAAAAAAAAUCUUACCGCUGUGAACAUGAAAAUCCACCUUGUUGCUUGCUUUUGUUAUACUUAAAGAAAAAUUAGCCAUUAAUUAGCCAACAUAGUACAGUUAAGACUCCACAUACAGUUGAUUUUUGAUGCCUAAUUUCAUUGUCUCUCAUAAACAUGCAAACCCAAAUCUUUUAAAUAUCUCAUUUAUAUCAUGAAAUUUCAGAGAGUCUUGUUUUUGUUUUGCUUUUUCCUCUUUUGUUACAUACUAACAGUUAAAAUCACAGAACUGAUCACAACAAUGUACAAUGUGCUUUUACUUUUUCUUUAUCGGAUGCCAUUUUGUAUAUUUAGAGUGCUUCUGGAAAAAAAAGGAAAAAAAAAAACAUUUCAAAAAACAACGAGUGUGAAUGCAAAUAUGCAAUUGUGCCUUUUUAUACCAAUCGGUAUGAUUAAAUGUCGGUUCUGAACAGUGCAUAAACAAUGACAAUGUGUUCAAAAGUACAUGAGGUGGCACGUGAGACUGAAGUGCGUUCACAUAUCUUCAAAACGAAAUCCUGUGAUGUCAAAUGGCUUCUCGGUGGUGAGACCAGUCAAAUGUCAGCGGGCCCAAUAUACGUCCAAUAUCCAAGUGGAUAACGUGCAUAGUGCAUUUCUGAAUGAGUACAGGUACACUGAAGCGUUGCUUGUUGGUGGUAGUAAUAAUAAUAAUAACGAUAUAAUGGAUUUUCUUUCUUUGUCGUGUUCCAGUCAUGUACAUGUAUGACAUCAGAGGUCAAGGAACCUACUUUGUGCAUGAAAUGAGCUCUAGGACUGAAUAUAGAAGCAUAGGAAGAUAGGUGGGUGGGAGGGGUUGUUGGACAGGAAAAAAAAAUCCUUGGAGACAUUUGACUGUUCGUAGUUGAGGGAGCCUAGAGAUAAAAAUGCUAAUGUGACAGUUUACUAGGAAGAGUGGAAGUCGUAAAGGAGGGGGGAGCAAAGAAAAAAUAUAUGGAAAACACCUAAAUAAAAAAAAAAAAGCUGCAAGGGAGAGUAACCGACAGAGCACACACCUCAGGAUGUGCCGAGCGACACAACACUCACACCCACAGAUUUACAGUAGGCACAGAGUAUAUGCACAUCAGUCGAUGAUAAAACACAGUCCAACAAGAAAAGCCGGAUUUGAUGUUCACGCCGAUAUUGCAACGCAGUGUUUUGGAUUUCCUUGCUCACAUGAAGGACUCUGUUACAUGAACCUCAGACAAAAAGGGUAAUGAAGGACAAUAUGCACAGCAGUUCAGUUGUGAGCUGUGACAGACUCAAAAUGUCUCUUUUCUGGUACUCACUGAGGCAAAUGCGACAGGAGUUUGCACGAUUUUCUGAAAUUUUCUUUUUCCAUUUGACUGACCACAAAGUCGUACACAAACACCUCCAUCAAAAUGCCUGGUAUCCCGUUGCCGCCCAAGGUGUGUGUUCAGUCUGUGCUCGCCUCUAAUUCAUAUAGCAUUCACGGUGUGUAAUGAGAUUUGUAAUAUUAACCAUUAGUUACUUGUCCUGCGACUUGGAUGUUGAUAUAGAUAAAUUGAGGAACAAAAUUUAUCAUCGUUUAAUAUGAGUCACUAUGCACGCAGCUUAGCUGAACAUGGCAAAGUGUAUUGAACGCAAGUCCACUUCUAUUUAUGAGAUAUUUUACAUAAUUUAAUUUUGCUUUUGUACAGGUUUGUGUAAAUAGAUUGCUUGUCAUUUUUGUCUCUGCAGAAAUUAAAAUAUAACAUGUUGAAAA